GGUAGCCAAGAAUUGGAGAUUAAUUUUUGUAGCGGUGCUUCUAGUUUGUGCUAUGGCGGAAAGCAUACAGAAAUCUCUAUUUGAGACAGAUCCCAAUUUGGCUAAUUUUCUUCCUGAAUCUUCGGGGGUGGUUAUCAAUACUUUUUCUGGGAUAGAUAAAUUGAUGUGCGCGUAUCAAUGUGUUUUAAGUCUUAAAUGUGAGGGUUUUGGGUAUAAUAUUGCACAGAAGGACUGUCAGUUGAUGAUUUGUUCUCUUUACGGAUUAAACAAGCAAGCAAGUCGAGGAUGGCGAUUUUACAACAUUAAAAAUGCUUGUGAAUAUGGCUGGGCUGAGAAUAGCGGGCAUUGUUACUUUUUUAACCAAACUCGAUCUGACUGGAGUGAUGCUCAGGCGACCUGCCAGACACAUAAUGCGUAUCUUAUAGAAAUUGGUGACCGAACAGAAAAUGAAUGGAUUACAGAAAAAUUUCUCGAAAGAGUGGGAACUUCUGUCUGGUCUGGAGGUCGUGAUGACGUCACUGAAGGCGUGUAUGUUUGGCAAUAUUCCCAAUCAGUAUUAGGUUUUUCGAACUGGAUCCCCGGAGAACCAAACAAUGGCGUAUCGGCCAAUUGUCUGGAGAUUCGAAAACAAGGAGUUUGGAGUGAUGCUUUCUGUAGCGAUAAAAAUCCCUUUAUCUGCGAGAAACUUAUGUAAAAUCGGAAAGGUUAAGCCUUGCUAAGUUAUUCACCGUAUAACAUCCACUGAAUUUUUUAACAAAGUAUUUUGAUGUAUAUAUAUGAUAAUCAGAAUCGGUUUUAGACCCAAGUAUGAAAGAAAGAACUACCAGUAACUUUUUCAUAAAAUGAAAAAAUGCAUUCUUAAAACUCCUCUUUCAUAUCAAGGAAUAGAAUAUCACUCUGCCGUUUUACACGUAAUAAAAAACUUGAAAUCAUUUUUCAACGAGACCAAAACCCCGCAGAAAUCUGAACCGAGCUCAUUUUUUUCAACCGGUUGUCAGAAAAGACAGAAAAAUCAGAGUUACACAGGAUAGAAAAUGGCCUCUGUUGGAUACAAUAGUUUGGACCACAAUGUAGCUCUUCAAGAAGACCAUGAAAUUUAUCCUGCUUACUGUGCAUGAAUAUAGUGUUUUCAUGUUUAUUCAUACAAUGUUCUUUCUGUUUUUGUAUUAAUAAAGAAAUAAUGCUAGUGCUUAUCCUUUGCAUAUCAAAUUAUUUA